AUGCAGGAAUGUCGCCGUGAGAUCAAUGAAUCGCUGGUGGCCAGCAAUCGCUUCUCCACAACUGUGAUGCGCAAAGAGCAGCAUAAUCUACGAAAUCAUUUCGAAGCGCUUUGCAAAAGACUUGGAGCAAUGAUUGAAUGUGUGGAGCCAGUGACGAGAGGUGGUUGUGGCGAUAAGGCGGCUGUGAUGAUGUUGCGCUUCAUUACAGUAGGAUUUAGUAGCUUUGAGCAGCUGUACUCCCAACUUGGAAUAUCGGAUCAACUGCCAACUUCAUGUAAAUCGCUCCUUUCGUUGCGUAGACGAAUCCCGGAACCUCGUGUGCGGGCAACUAACACUCGCCAUUCCGAAUACGUACAACAGCCAAUCUCGUCUGUAACCUCUUCCAUCAGUACUAUUGACUUAAUAUACACAAGUUGUAUGUUAGUGCUUUUAUGGCAUUCAUAA